UAUCUCCCCUUCAAUCUCAAAAAGAUUUCAUUUUUCUCACACUUUUCUUUCUCUCUUUCUAUCUAAGAAGAGAAUUUUCUUUGAAGCCAAACACCCUAAACCAAAAAAAAUGGCAGCUGAUGUGAGCUCUCUUGUUAGAGUUAUGAGUGGUUAUAAUAAUAAGGAUGAUCAACAUGGGUCGUCGAUGAGUACUGAUUCUGAUAAAUCAACGGCUCUAAUCACUCGAGACCUACUUGGUGGUGGGUCUUCUUCUUCUUCUUCCUUUUCCUCUUCCAAAAUUGUAAGCGAUACCCAAGAGCUUGACCUAGAUUUACAGGUCCCUAAUGGCUGGGAAAAGCGUUUAGACUUAAAGUCAGGAAAAGUCUACUUACAAAGAUGUCAUAGUAAUAAUCAUCAUCAUCAUCAUAAGCACCAAAUUACCAAUACAACAGUUCCAAAGCUUCAAGAUUUGAAUUUUCCAAUUUCAUCAUCAUUAUCAUUAUCAACAACAACAUCAACAAAAACAUUACCAUUGAACCUUUUUGAUGACACUAAUUUAGAAUUGAAAUUAGUGUCAUCAUCAUCAUUAUCAUCAAAUAAAAAUAACAUUUCAACCUCAACAACCUCACCAAGUUACCAAAGUGUUUGUACUCUUGACAAAGUAAAAUCAGCCCUAGAAAGGGCCGAAAAGGAGCCAACGAAAAGGCGAUCAUCGUCGUCGUUGUGGAAAUCGUCUUCGCCUUCUUACUCGUCGUCAUCGUCGUCGAUCAAAGAAGGUAUUGAAGAAGACAACAUCAACAACAACAACAACAAUGAUGACAUCAACAACAAUAACAACAAUAACAACAACAAGGUUUUCUCAUCAUCAUUUGCAGCUGGUUGUCCUGGUUGUUUAACUUAUGUUUUGAUAAUGAAAAACAACCCUAAAUGUCCAAGGUGCAACUCUGUUAUUCCUUUGCCCUUAAUGAAAAAACCUAGGAUUGAUCUCAACAUGGCAAUUUGAUCAAUAGGGCUUUGGUUAUUUUAUUUUAUGCUUUUGAUAAAAUUUUUGUAUAUGAUAGAAUCAAAACUAGAUGUUUCUCUUAAGAAAAACCAAGAAAAAAAAAAUAGAUUGGUUAGUCAUAGAAUGGUAUAUGUACAUUUUUUUUUCUUUCUUAAUUAUAAAACAAAAGGGUUUUAUUAUGUUU